AUGGCCUCCAGCACUUCUGCCUCCGUUGAAGCCUUGUCCCAAGUCUUCCAGACUCAGUUCGAGGACAUCUGCCGAGAAAUCCAGACCUCGAUCCUUUCUGAUAUCAUCGCGCCCUGGACUGAUGACGAUGGCGCUGUUACAGAUUCUUGCAUCCUUGGCCCCUCCGUGGAAGGGGGAAUGCCAGAGAGAUUGGCCGUCCAUUUGAGGGACAACUUGCAAUGGAAGGAUCAAGGCAUCUACCACUUGAUCAAGCUGUUCGAUCAGCCGCUUGUUAUGGACCAGUCGCUCUUGGCCGCAGCCUUAUGCUUCUGGUCGUCGGCCACAAAUACCAUGAACUUUAGGUUUGGCAAGAUGACGCCGACCGUUCUAGACAUGGUCGCCCUAUUCGGCCUAUCCCCUCUUGGCGUGGAGGUGAACGCCGCUCUAACCGCCCCCGAGGCCGAAGGGAGCUUUAAGGCCGCAUGGCCUACGGUAGCCAAGCUUGCUGGGAGCAAGGCGAAGAACAUGCUCAACUACUCCAGCUUCUACAGCAACUUCGGCUUGGAGGACAGCGCUGAUGAUGAUUCUAUUGCUCCCUUAGGCGAGGUCGAGCACGCCGCGUUCUUGCUAUACUGGCUAUGCAAGGGGACGGUCAAUAUCGCCGACACCGAGCCGCUGGCUAACGCACUCGCUCGGGCCCCCAGGAAGCAUAAUACCUCGGUCUUUUGCUACAAGUUCUUCUAUGAACUGACCAAGAGGGCCGGGUCGCAGUUUCGGGUGUGCCUUGCUAGGCCGUAUCCUUUGUACCUGACGCACGACCUCUCUGUGGUUCCCGACGGCGAAACGGAGAAUGAACUAAGGGAGAUUUGGGGCUCCUUUCUGGUCGCGCGCGACCUCCACUGCGGCGUAUCCAAGGCCGAGGCCGAAGUCUAUUUGUCGCACCUUGUGGCGCGGCAAUUCGGCUUGAUCCAGACGACACCGCUCCCGCCGCUGUCACUCAAUCGGCUCUCGUCAUGGAGGGCCGACGUCAGCCAGCAGCACGGCGUGGCUGGGAUCUCUUUCCAGCUGCAGAAAGGGAUGACCUUUCUUACCCUGAGGUCGUGGAUGCGUCGUAAUACGGUCGACGAAGAUGGAAGGGUCUGGUACGAGGAGUGCAUCUCGGCCAGAUUUAUUCGGCCUGUUGAAGAGGCCGUGAGGAGGGCCCUAAAGAAUGCAGAUUGGGACCCCCUCCUUCCCAAGGCUGGCAAGGUGAAGAAGGCCUCGGCCGUGCUUUCACGACCGAGUACGCCGGCCGCAGCCGUGCCCAGGGUGGCGGUCGCUCCUUCGGCCAGAGCAGCAGUCGUGACUUCAACCGCGGCUCCAACCUCUAGAACGCCGGCUGUGGUGGGGGCGCGAAAGACAUUGGCGCAUAGGACCGUGCCAUCUUCCCCGCCGGCUUGA